AUGCCAGAGUCACCACCAAAUAAAAACACGUGUGGCACGCAUGCACCGAGGUGGCUGAAUGGACGACAUCCAUCUGUUGCCUAGGGAAAGGUGCACAGAUCACAUUUCUUACAACAGUAAAAUUUUUUUUCUGGGUAAUUCAUAUGAAUGAAUUCAAGACUCCGUUUAGCGGGAAAUUAUUCUCGGGUAUUUGCCCACGAACAUUAUUUGUUCCGAGAAGCGAAUGAUUUUCGAAGAGCGAAGCUUUAGGAAAGCUGUGGACUUCGGAUAACAGAUGAUGCCGAAGGAGAUGUAAACGAGCACAUUUGUAAGCCAAAUGAAUGCAUUUAUUCUCUCUUUCUCUUUUUUCUUUAUUACUGUGCGCGUAACAAAACGAUCACUUCGAAAACAGAUGUUGAUUUUCCACCAAUUGGUUAAUAAGCAAAUUUAUCCCUUCUAAUGAAACAACAGCAGAACGCUCUCCAACUAAAAUCAACUUUUAAAGGAAGACUUUCAUCGCAUUGAAAGCAAUGUUUGAAAAUUGGAGAAUAUCAUCACUCACUGGGGAAUAUCACUGGGGAAUAUCACUGGGGAAUAUCACUGGGGAAUAUCAAUGGGGAAUAUCACUGGGGAAUAUUACUGGGGAAUAUCACUGGAGGAAUAUCACUGGGGGAAUAUCACUGGGGGAAUAUCACUGGGGGAAUAUUACUGGGGGAAUAUCACUUCGUACAUUUCUGUACCAGUGAGAACACAGGCUUUAUGACGUUAUAUGAGAAAAAAAAACCUGAGUGUUUUCAAUCGGCUUUUAUGAAAAUUUUUGUUUUCAAUUAUGACACAGCAUAACAUAUAUCUUAAUUCUAUCAUAAGGCUAUAUUUGUGGUGACUAGACAUUUAUUUAUCUUUUCAAUUCCAAUGUUUUUUGGUCUAGGUAUUCAGACAAGUCUGUUUCAACUGGGAUGGCAACAAUUGUAACUGGCAAGCCGGCAUUGAAGUACGAAACUGUGACUCGUUCUUUGUCUACAAACUGGUGAAAUCGCCCGGUUGCCAACUCCGUUAUUGUGGCAGUGACUAA